AUGGAUGAAGAUGAGAAAGACAGAGCAAAGAGGGCGUCACGGAACAAAUCAGAGAAGAAGAGGAGAGACCAGUUUAAUGUCCUCAUUAAGGAGCUCUGCACAAUGUUGCAGGGUCAUGGACACCCUCUUAAGAUGGACAAGUCCACAAUACUGCAGAGGACAAUCGAUUUCUUGCAGAAACAGAAAGAAAUCACGGCACAGACUGAGGCCUGUGAAAUUAGGCAAGACUGGAAACCGUCAUUCCUUAGCAAUGAGGAGUUCACCCAGCUGAUGUUAGAGGCGCUGGAUGGAUUCCUCAUCGCACUGACCACAGACGGGAUGAUCAUUUAUGUAUCUGAUAGUGUUUCAUCUCUUCUGGGUCAUUUACCGUCAGAUCUGGUGGACCAAAAUAUAUUAAACUUUCUGCCAGAGCGAGAGCACGGAGAAGUUUACAAACUACUGGCACCACACAUACUUAUGACGGAACCCAUCACUCCAGAGUUUUUCAACAAUGAAAAACAAGUUGAGUUCUGCUGUCACCUGGCAAGAGGAAGCCUCGAUCCUAAUGAGCCCCCAACAUAUGAAUAUGUCAAAUUUGUUGUAGAUUUUAAGUUUUUUACACAUGUGCCUACAUCUUCGUAUAAUGGCUUUGAGUCAGCUGUUGCAAGGGCAUUCCGGUCUGCCAACGAGGAACAGAUAUGUCUUGUAGCCACGGUUAGGCUUGUUACACCGCAGUUUCUGAAGGAAUUGUGCAACAUAGAGGAACCGUGUGAAGAAUUCACAUCAAGACACAGUUUAGAAUGGAAGUUUCUGUUUUUGGAUCACAGGGCUCCACCUAUAAUUGGUUACCUACCCUUCGAAGUGCUUGGGACGUCAGGCUAUGAUUAUUAUCAUGCAGAUGACCUGGAGCUCCUAGCAAGGUGCCAUGUACACUUGAUGCAGUAUGGAAAGGGAAAGUCUUGUUACUACAGAUUUCUCACCAAAGGCCAGCAGUGGAUCUGGCUCCAGACACAUUACUACAUAACAUACCAUCAGUGGAACUCAAAGCCGGAGUUUAUCGUCUGCACUCAUACAGUCGUCAGCUAUGCUGAGGUUCGAGCUGAAAGAAGAAGAGAUCUGGGACUGGAAGAAUCAACGUUAGAAUUAGCCGAUUCGGCGCUAAAGAGUCAGAAUGCUUACUUAGACAUCAGACAGUGCACAGCUAACCAAGAAACGAGCCGGGACAGAGUGUCUGUUUCAUCCCAUAGUUCACGAAGAUCUUCUCAUACAGCUCUCUCCGACUCUGCCUCCACCUCAUCAAUGAGGCAUACCGAGGCCAGCACCCCCUCCAGACAUUCAUUGCAACUGAGCCAACAAGAUAAACCUCAGAUGAGAAUGACACCAAGUGCAAAUCAGUCUGUAUUAAUACCUCAGGCUCCGUCUGAACACCUAUCUCAACAUCACGUUGCACAACAAGCAAUUGCAACACAACAGGCUAUUUUGCCUGUAUACCCCUACAAUUCCCAGCUAGGGAUGGUAAAUCAACUUAAAGAGCAGCUGGAGGAAAGAACACGAAUAUUGCAAGCUGACAUCAAAACACAACAAGAGGAGCUCCAUGUGAUCAAAGAGCAACUUCAACUAGUGCAGGAUUCCAAUAUGCAGAUGUUGAUGCAGCCCAUGACCAUGGCAUUUAAUAGCGUACCACAGCAACAAGAUCCAAGAAGAGUGUCCCGGCAGCCGACUCAGACAGCGGCAGUGGGUAGGCCAAGUGUGGACAUAGGGAAGAAGUCUCAGAAUGUCAUGGGCUCUUCUAAACGUUUCUGUGGGUCUAGUGUGUCCUCACAACACCAGUAUGUGACAUCAAAUCAGCAUCAUCCACAACAUCAACAGUCUCAUCAGCACCACCAAGUACAACCAUCACACCCGCAGCAGCCGAUUCCACCACAGCAGCACCAGCAGCAGCAGCUACAGCAGCAGCAGCAACUGCACCAGCAGCUCCAACAGCAGCAGCAGCAACUACAACAGCAGCAGCAGCAGCUGCAGAAGCAACAUCAGCAGCAGCAGCAGCUACAGAAACAGCACCAGCAGCAGCUACAGCAGCAACGGCAUCAGAGGCUGAUGAGAGGGAAUCAAGCACAACCGUCAGCGUUGUCGGUCCAGGCUCAUAGUAACAUUGUGAUGCCCAUCUACGGGAAUACCAUGAUGUUCUCCCAGACCCACCCCACCACUGCCCCUUCAAGGGUACCAGCUGAGACCGGAGACAGACAACCAUCAGCAGACUACAACCAGGACAGGCAACUGAGAUUUGUACAAGAUCAGCAAAUGAGGCCUCGAUCCUUACAAAUGCAGCCAAUCACAUGCAGCGCGGUGAUAUCGGCUCCGCCCACCCCAUCUUAUACGCCUUCAGUUAUGAUCCCUCAGGCCUCGUUCACCCCGCAGCAGCCCCACUCAGCGGUUCACCUCCAUCCCUGCCAGCAGCAACAGGUCCAGCCGCAGCAUUUGUACCUUCAGAUGCAGCCUCACGAGUCAAUGCAAACUGGACAGACCCAACACAUUUUCCAGCAGCCUCAUAUCUCACAGCAGAGCACCAUGGGCUAUUUUCUUCAUCCUCAGCAUCAAACCCAGUCUGGAAACAUCGCAGACCUACCGGAAAUGCAGUUACCAUGA